AUGCAUUCUUCAUAUCUUCGUAAAAGUUGCGCAUCAACUGAGGUCGAGCAACUUCUCAAAGUGUUUGCCAAGAAACUUAAGCUUGAAGAAACUGAACGAGUCGAUGGCUUUUCCUUCCAACAAGGCAUACAGCAAGGACUGGAUGAAUCUUCACCCAGUGCCAUACAAGCAAAUAUUCGGCGAUUUGCUCGUGAAGUUCCAAAAACUGAAGGUGAAGAAUGGACAACUAGCGAGACCAUUAAUAAAGAAUUCGUCCAAGAGCUUAAGAAACGAAACAUUGAUGUACUAACAGAUCAACUCCAAGUACAAAGACGCUGA